AACAAUUUCAAUACUCCUUUUUUUCCUUCCCACAAAAUCCAUAACGUCUUUCUGAUAGCAACUAUUUCCUUUCUAUAUACACAAAACCUCCAAUAUUUCCAUAUUAUUUUAUUGCUAUAACGUCUCUCUUUAUAAUAUAAAAUCUCCAUUUCUCCAUUUUACUAAGCUCCAUCUUUUACUAUUCCUCUCACACCAUCUUCUUCUUCUUCUCUCAAAAAAUCAAGAAAAGGCUUGUAUGCUUCAAUGGCAGCAACAUACAGAACACCAUUGUUAUCUGAAUCAAGCAGCAUAACAAGCACCAGUGAAUCAGAGGAAAGUCCUGUAACUUCGCGAAGAUUUCAAGAUUUCCAGUUACUAGAUCUUCAUGAAUUCAAGAUUUCAAGAACAGCAAUACAAAGUUCUUGUUUCCAUUCCUACAAAUCUUUAGCUGUUCUUUCAGGCCAUGUAGGAACAGUUUCUUGUUUAGCUGUUUGUGGUGAAUUCAUCCUCAGUGCUUCACAAGGUAAGGAUAUUAUUGUUUGGCAACAGCCUGAUUUAAGACAAUUUACAAAAUUUGGAACAGGUGAUGGUUCUGUUAAAGCACUUGUUACUGUUGGCAAUAGAGUAUUCACAGCACAUCAAGAUUCAAGAAUUCGUGUUUGGAAGGUAUCAAGAAGAUCAGAAAAUGUAUUCAGGCUUGUUGAUACAUUGCCUACUACAAAGGAUUAUCUUGGGAAGUUCAUGAAACAAAGUAAUUAUGUGCAAACUAGGAGGCAUCAUAAGAAGUUGUGGAUUGAACAUGCUGACAGUAUUUCUUGUUUAGCUGUUUGUAGUGGUUACAUUUAUUCUGGUUCUUGGGAUAAGAGUUUGAAAGUGUGGAGGAUUGCUGAUUUGAAGUGUAUAGAGUCAAUUAAGGCUCAUGAUGAUGCUAUAAAUGGAUUAGUUGCUAGUAAAAAUGGGGUGGUUUAUUCAGCUUCUGCUGAUGGAAAGAUCAAGGCUUGGAAAAGUAGUGGUACUACACAUUCACUUAAGGGGAUUUUAGAGGGUCAUAAAGAUGUUUCUAUAAACUCAGUGGUGGUUUCUGAAGAUGGGAAUUUUGUAUAUGGUGGGGGUUCAGAUGGGUAUUUGAUGGGGUGGAUGGGUAACAAGAAUCUUGAUAGUUGGAAACUUGUUUGUGAAGUGAAAGCACAUGGAAUGGCUGUUUUGUGUAUGUGUUUGAUGAUGGGAGAAUUCUUGUGUAGUGGAUCAGCUGAUAAGAGUAUUUGUAUAUGGAAAAGGGAAAUCAAUGGAGGGCUGUUUAAAUUUGGUGUUAUUAAAGGACAUGAAGGACCUGUUAAGUGUUUACAAGGUGCACCAGGUAGUGUAGGGAGUGGGUUCAUCUUGUAUAGUGGAAGUCUUGAUAAAAGUCUUAGAGUUUGGUGGAUUCCAAAGUACUCUCACGAUGAGAAAAAGGACUCAUCUUUGAUUCAUGGUACACACAAAUAAGCUAAGUCGCAGACUCUUUACUUUUCAUGUCGGUUUUGGAGCAUCCAACAAACAUCUCUCCACGUUUUUGAAAAGUUCCAGCAACAUAAAACAAGUGAAAAUUUUCUCAAGUUUGUUUGUCAGUGAAGAAGUACUGUUGCCCCAUUUGUUUUUUUUUAAGUGUGGACAGUGCUUGUAGUUGUUUUUAUGAGCUUAUACUGUGGAUUAUAAUAUGUUCAUUUUUCUUGUUGUUUUGAGUUAAGUAAAGAUAAAUUUGGAGUUUUAGUGAAGAUUAGAUUGGAGUUUUUUUUUUUGGUUUGUUUGUUUUACAGUUUUGUGUUUCUGUGUGACCUGUGAAGUCGUAGGAAUAUUGUAGCAAAGAGUUGACAGAAAUUGUGUUGUUUUUAUAUCUUUUGAUUCUUUUAUCAUAUCAUAUUUUUUGUGAGAAUUGUAAUUAGGUCAACAGAGUGUAAUAGACAUCAAUAGAAGAUGAGAAUAUUUAUUUUGUCCA